AUAUUCAACAGAAAAGAUGCCAUUUCAUAGCAACACAUUUUAGAGCUUGGUUAUUUCUUUUAUUAAAAAUUAAUUAAGAAAUAACAAUAACAGGUCAGGUUCAAGGAAGGAAGCAUUAUGCCAUAGUAUCACGGUGUUAAAAAAAUACAUUUUAGAUAAUAUAGAAAAGCUGUAAACUCAAUGUUAUUUUGCGAUCAGAUAAUUCCUUCCUCAUCAUGAGUUUUUCUCAUAUAAGUAUACUCACCCUGUUGAUACUUUUCUCACGUGGAGAAAAGACGAUUGAAGUUAAGUCUGCAAGUGACUUUAAAGAUGUUCUUCCAACAGAUAUCAAAGGUCCAAAGUCUCUCAGUGACGAUAUUGCUAUUAUUGGAGCAGGACCUAGUGGAAUUCAUAUGGCUUACUUGUUAAAAGAGAAAGGUUUUAAAAAUGUGAAGAUUCUAGAAAGAACCAACCGCCUCGGCGGAAAGUCAACAUCAAUCAAAUACAGAGGCACCAUACACGAGCUGGGAACAGUUUAUAUAUCUAAAGACUACGAAGAAAAUGUAAUUUCUCUACUAAAACAAUUUACUAACAAUAGCUUAGUUCCAAUACCUAUGGCAAGCGUUUGGGCAGAUAACUCAACAAGUGGCAUUCCAUUUGCGACUUAUAUUUUUCUUAAGCUGAAAUCCAAAUAUAAGGACGUGUCGUUGGAUAAUUUGAAAAAGAUGUAUGUCUCCACCAUAUACAAAUACAUAGCAUUACAUCGAAGCUUGUUCGGUGAAUAUAAAGGAGAGUUAAUGCCAGAACCAAGUGAACAAACAAAGUCUAAAAUUUCUGGUUCGUUUUAUGAUUUUUUAAAACGCAACGAGUUGGAGGAUUUGAAAGAUUUACUGACAGCGUCUUUUACCUUACAAGGGUAUGGUCAAUUAGAUGAGGUACCAGCCUUGUAUGGAUUACUAUGGAACACACCAAGGUUGAUGCAAGGCAUUGUUAGUUUCUUGAAUGGUGAUGACGGAGGUUUAUACAUUCUUUCAAAUGGCUUUGAGAGUCUUUGGAGUUCAAUGGCAAUUACACUCGACCUUGAUAUAACGUACAACAUUUCCGUCCGAUAUAUUCACAUUGACGACAAUGCGCAUGACAUAAACGGCAAGACCAAUAAGAUCUUUGUCUACUAUAAAGAUGACCCAAAAGGACCAAUUAAAAUCGAAAGUUACGACUUCCUUAUAUGGACACCUCCAGUGUCUAAAAUUGUGAAACUUAUUGGUGGCAAAGAAACGAAGGAGGAGAAGAAAAUGUUCUCCUCCAUGGAGCAUACGUAUUACACUACAUCUCUAGUUGAUGUGUUCGAAUCGAAACGAAGCGUUAGCCCAGUAGACUGGUGGUUUGAUCGCAUCUAUUCAAAGCAGAACAUGGCUGUAUGGGCGUCAAGAGAAAGUUACGCCAGUACACACGGUUACCAUGGAUACAGUUAUGCCGAGGGUAAGUACCCGACAGGAGACGAUGGUGAUAAGAAACGAACAUCGGUUUUUUAUCAGUACAGCAAGAAGAAGCCUAAUAAAAGGCAACUACGAUCUAUACUGAAACAGCAUCUGAAAAAUUAUGGGGCUACCAGAAGUAGGAUGUUAUACCAGCGAAAAUGGCCAUAUUUUGAAAGGUUUAAUUUUCGAGAUGCAGAACAGGGCCAUCAUUGGAAAGUCUUGAGAUUGCAAGGAAAACACAAAAUUUGGUUUUGUGGGAGCUCGGUUUCUUUUGAAUCAGUAAAAAGUGUGAUUGAAUACAACCACUUACUGGUUUCAAGAAUGAAGAAACCUGAAGUUAGAAUUGACUGAUUAGGUAUAGUUAAAAAAAGUUAUAAAAGAUUUAAUUCUUUCGGUUA